CAGCAGCCGGCAGGAGCUGGAAGCAUGGGCUACCCAGGGGCCAUGGCGGGCUGGGGGCUUCUGGAUUACAAAACGGAGAAGUAUGUGAUAACCAGGAAUUGGCGGGUGGGCGCCCUGCAGAGGCUGCUGCAGCUUGGGGUCAUGGCCUACGUGGUGGGGUGGGCUCUCCUCGCCAAAAAAGGAUACCAGGAGCGAGAUCUGGACCCGCAGAUUUCCAUCAUCACCAAACUCAAAGGGGUUUCGGUGACCCAGAUCAAGGAGCUGGGUAACCGGCUGUGGGACGUGGCGGACUUUGUGAAGCCACCACAGGGAGAGAACGUGUUCUUCUUGGUGACCAAUUUUCUUGUGACGCCAGAACAAGUUCAGGACAGAUGCCCAGAGCACCCCUCCGUCCCGCUGGCUAAUUGUUUGGCUGAUGAGGACUGUCCUGAAGGGGAGACGGGGAUUCACAGCCAUGGCAUAAAAACGGGCCAAUGUGUGGAAUUCAACGGGACCCACAGGACCUGUGAGAUCCAGGGCUGGUGCCCCGUGGAGAGCAGCACUGUGCCUGUGAAGCCCCUACUGGUCCAGGCUGAGAACUUUACCCUAUUCAUCAAGAACACAGUCACCUUCAGCAAGUUCAACUUCUCCAAGUCCAAUGCCUUGGUCACCUGGGAUGACACUUACUUCAAGCGCUGCCGCUAUGACUCACGCUACAGCCCCUACUGCCCUGUGUUCCGCAUUGGGGACCUCGUGGCUGCGGCUGGAGGGGUCUUUGAGGACCUGGCAUUGCUGGGAGGUGCCGUGGGUGUCCGAAUCCACUGGAAUUGUGACCUGGAUGCUGGGGGUUCCGACUGCCGGCCCCACUACUCCUUCCAGCUUCAGGAGAGGAGCUACAACUUCAGGACAGCCACCCACUGGUGGAAGGCCUCAGGUGGGGAGGCCCGGAGUCUGCUCAAGCUCUAUGGGAUCCGCUUUGACAUCCUCGUCACCGGGCAGGCAGGGAAGUUCGGGCUCAUCCCCACGACAAUCACUCUGGGCACUGGAGCAGCUUGGCUGGGCGUGAUCACCUUCUUCUGUGACCUGCUGCUGCUGUACGUGGAUGGAGAAGCCCAUUUCUACUGGAGUACCAAGUAUGAGGAGGCAAAGGCCCCGAAGGUCAGCUGCAGCCCUGAGCAGACAGAGCCAGCUUCUACACCUCCGCACGUGGCUGCCCAGCUGUCUUAGACGGGA